AUGCCCUGUGGAUAUAAAAGGGUCAGCACCAUGUUGCAGCAAAUCUUGCGCGACAUGUGGGUGGACCCCGAGAUCCUGGCAGAGCUGGACGAGACCCAGAAACAGACACUCUUCUGCAAAAUGAGAGAAGAACAGGUGCGUCGAUGGCAGCUUUGGGACGAGAAGAUUGGCAAAGAAGACGAAAGGCCCAAAUGUCAGAAGAAUGGCAGAAAGCAGGUGCAGUUUCUGACUGGAGAGGAUGGAGAACCAUGGGUUUGGGUGAUGGGUGAGCACGCGAAUGAUAAGUCUAUAGAGACGAUAUUAGCGGAAGAAGCUCAAGAAAAGGCCAUUGCGCAGGCACGAGAGGAAGUGCAGCAGUUGAGGAAGUCGGUUGAAAAGGAACUCACACAGCUCAUUGAAUAUAAGCCUCUUGAUGACUUGGAACAGAAAUUUGAUCUAUCUCCCAAAACUAUCGAUCCUUUGGAAGACACGCUAGAGAUCUACUGUACGGUGGACGAGCUGCGCCAGCGUAUCGAAGAGUUAGAGCCUGAUGUUAAACUUUCUGAUAAAGAACUAGAGAUAAGGGACGAACUCGCUGAUAAGGCGGACUUUUGUAACGACUCCUUGAAGCUGGACCUUAACAAGAAUACUUUGCAUUUCAACUUUAUUGAGGGGAAACGAGAUGUAUUACAGGACAUGGGUGUGAACAGUAGUGGUGACGGAGUAAGUGUAUUAGUAGCCGCGUGGGAACGACGCGUUGCGGCAGCAAGAGCUGGAGACAUAUUGAGGGGGCUGAAGGCUAGGAGAGCCAGGGCUAACAGAAUUGCUCAGCAUAAUGCACUGUCGCAUGACGCGACUUGGAGGGAUCAAGAGCGCAAAGCAAAGGAAGCCGAAGCUAGCAUGCGUGAAAUCGCACGUGCUGCAAGAGAAGCGCAUCGACGCAGCUCAAACAUUGUUGCGCCACCUGAUACUACACAAGCUGGCAAACCACCAAACAGAGAAUCUGUAAUGGAGUGGUUUCGGACACACGAACUCAACCGUGGCGUCGGACUGGAUGAAAAUAACAAACCAGUUGAAUGGUUCCACGGUCUGAUAAGUAGAUCAGCAGCUGAAACAGCUUUAGCGGGGCGGCCGACGGGCAGCUUCCUGGUGCGGCUGUCGGAGCGGGUGUGGGGCUACGCCGUGACAUACCGCGCGGGCGCGCGCUGCAAGCACUACCUGGUGGAGGCCGCGCCCGCCUACCGCCUGCUGCCCACUGGACACGUCACCCACUACACGCUGGCUGAUCUCAUAAACUACCACAAAACAGUCCCGAUCACGGAGACCGGUGGCGAGUUGCUCCUGGAGGCGGUGGCGCCACUCAGUACGCCCGACAUCUUGUGUGCGCCGCCAUCUUGA